AUGUCUCGCACCAACGAAGAUGUGAACGUGUCACCGAGCGUGGGCCCCGCUGAGCCAUCCAGCCCCCGAGUGGAAGCCAAGCCAAGCACCCCUGCUGACGUGCAUGCAAGCACGCAAGGCAACGGCCGCCGCCCGGCCAACCCGCCGCCACCAAGGCCCACCCGCAGCCGCACCUCCCUGCCCACGCAAGCUUCGGCACAGUUCUCGUUUGAGGACGUGCCUGCUGGCCAUGGCGGGGACGGGCGCCCGCGCAUGCCAGCAACCCACUCCGUCCCUGCCCUGCUCGGCGCCAGCACAACAGCCACGGGGGCGGUGCAGCGGGACCUCGAGCAGCAGCGGGUGUCGUCCUCCUCUGCCAUCUCCCGCAGCGAAUCUGCAUCCCCAACGGCACUCGCGCAGCUCUCCGACUUGGCCAACGACGACGACGACGACGACGACGAUGGUGACGACCACGCCACCACGGUGCACGUGCGAGUACAGGCCCGAGACCAGAAUCAGGUGCGGAUGCACAUGCACAUGCGAGUACAGCAAGGCACGUGGCAGGAGGCAGGCACGGGCCGUGCGCAGCCUGUGGCCCCGCCGCGUCGGCAGGUGAUCCACGCCACUGUGACUGGGACAGGCGUCGUUGCCACGGUGCCACUGGUCAUGACGCUGAUGCAUCUGUGUGCGCCUUCGGUGAGCCGCCUGACGGGCCAGCGCACCGGGGCGCCGCCAGCACCGGCCCCUCCGUCGCCAGUCAUCACUGUGGAGUGGUUUGAGGAGUAUGCCCCGUGGCUGGACAUCCCAAUGCUUGAUGAAGGCAUUGACGAGGAGCAGCUGCACCUGCAGCGGUUUCGCCUAUUGUAUUAUCGUCGCCGUCGUGGCUGUCGCCUGAUUUGUAGCACGGUGCCUCGCCGCCGUCGCCCUUCCCUCGCCACCCUCAGACGCCAGCACAACAUCAAGAGCUCUUACUGCUGAACGCGCGG